AUGGAGAUAAGAAUUGGAAUAGUUAUAUAUUUAUUGGUAGCAAUAAAAUGUGCAAUUGGAUCUGUUUAUUUUUCUGGUAUAGACAUAAAAAAUAUGAAAAGUAAAUAUGAAGAAAUAAAAAAUAACAAUAAUAAUAAUAAUAAUAAAAUAAAUGAAAUAUUUUUAAAAGAAAUAGAAAAAUAUAAUUAUAUGAAUAGUAAUGUUAUAGCAUUAAGUACAUCAAGACAUUAUUUUAAUUACAGACAUACAGCUAAUUUAUUAAUUGCAUAUAAAUAUUUAAAAAAAAAUGGAGAUAUUAUGGAUAAAAAUAUUUUACUUAUGAUACCAUUUGAUCAAGCUUGUAAUUGUAGAAAUAUUAUAGAAGGUACAAUUUUCAAAAAUUAUGAAAAACUUCCAAAUGAAUAUAUUAAUAAAAAUAUGAAAGAAAAUUUAUAUAAUAAAUUAAAUAUCGAUUAUAAAAAUGAUAAUAUAAAUGAUGAACAAUUAAAAAAAGUUAUAAGACAUAGAAAUAACAGUUUUACACCAUAUAAUAAUAGAUUAUAUACAAACGAAUAUAAAAAAAAAAAUUUAUUUAUUUAUAUUACAGGACAUGGUGGAAUAAAUUUUUUAAAAAUUCAAGAAUUUAGUAUUAUAAGUUCUUCUGAAUUUAAUUUAUAUAUUCAAGAAUUACUUAUAAAAAAAAUAUAUAAAAAUAUUUUUGUAAUAAUUGAUACAUGUCAAGGUUAUAGUUUUUAUGAUGAUAUAUUAAGAUUUAUAAAUAAAAAUAAAAUAAAAAAUGUUUUUUUAUUAUCAUCAUCUAAUAGACAUGAAAACAGCUAUAGUUUUUUUUCAAGUAAAUAUUUAAGUGUUUCAACAGUAGAUAGAUUUACUUAUAAUUUUUUUGAUUAUAUGGAAAAUAUACAUAAAAUGGAAUCAAAAGAAAUAUAUAAAAAUUUGAAAUUUUUUUCGAUACAAAAUAUAUUAAAUUAUUUAAAAACCAAAAAUUUAAUGUCACAUCCCUCAAUAAAUAAUUCAAAAUUAAAUGUAUCAUCAUUUUUGCAUGAUCAAAAUGUUAUCUUUUACGAUUCAACCAUGUUGUUUCCAAAAUUGUUUUAUAACAAACUUAAUAAAAAUGAUAAAAAUGAUUAUCCUAACAAUAAUCAUGAUCAUAUUCAUUCCGAACAUACCUGUUUUGGUUAUUUAGGCAUAUGUGGUCAUAUAAAAAGUCAAAUAUAUUUAAAUAUGGAAAGUUUAUACAACGAUCGAAGCUAUUACAACAAUGAUGAUGUGUAUAAUAGUUAUGAAUUUUAUUUUACUGAUAAAUAUUUUUAUUUUAAAUAUUUUGAUAUAUAUUAUAUGGGAAUUUUUUUGAUUUUGUUAUUUGUUAUUUUACUUUUUCUUAUAGUAUAUAUGUUAUACUAA